AUGUCAGAAUAUAUGAAAUUCCUGGCUCCUCUGUAUCAAGUAUUUCACAUGAAAGUUGUGGGAUUUUGCAGAUCAGUUCCUAUUGUCGAAUUCUACAAACGUAUGGAAGAUAACUGCCUUUUAUAUAUUAAUGAUGAAUUGAUUCUUGAAUUCACGAUACCUAUAAACGAUGGCACUUCAAAUAAUUGUCCAGCUUUCACGCAACCAAAUUUCCCUCUUAAACCUCCGAUAGUACCUGAAGAUAAUUCUUAUUUCGAUGUACAUGUAACUAUGGCUGCUGCACCUGAUGAUUUUACUGUACAGCCGUUGUGUGAUGCAAUUAAGCUUGACGUUUUAAUGCAGAAAUUGUUAAGUGCUUGCGAAGCUUACUGCGGUGCUAAGCUCACGUCAGAGAGUAUCAAAUUGGGAGAAGUUUAUGCUGUUCAAAAUUCGGAUGAUGAUACAUGGUUUAGAGGCUGCGUUUUUGAAAUUAUAAGCGACAAUAUUUUUGUUGUAUAUGCUUGUGAUUAUGGCGAUUUUAGGGUUGUAUCAUUAGACAAUUUACAGCCUUUGCUUGAAGAAUUUUUGGAGCUACCAUUUCAAGCUGUCAAGGCUAAGCUAGUUGGCCUUUCACCAGAAAGAAAAGCCAACUGGACAGUAAAUGACAGUUUGAGAUUUUUGGAAUUGGUUGUUUCAAAAAGCUUCGUGUCUUUCAUUAAAAGCCGAGAAUUUGCUAAAAAUCUGCUUGGCUACGCUAUCAACGUAGAACUAAUUGAUACGUCGACGGACGAAGACGUUUACAUAGCCGAUUUUCUAAAUAAUACAAGAAAAGUUGAAA